AUGGUGGAUUCACCAUCCAAAAAAAGAGCAUUGAAUACCACUGACUAUAAUAAAAAAGAAAAAAAAAACAUGGUUAGCAAAAAAAGUAAUCCCACUGAAACUGCUGAAAAUGUCGAGGAAAAUAUCGAUAAUGCAACUGUUGACAAGAAGAGUGAAGCUUUGAAAAAAGAAAAAAGAAAAAAAAAAGAAAAAAAAAAUAAAGAAAAUGAAAUAGAUAAAAUCAAUGACGAUGAAGAACAAGAUGAAGGAAAUGAUGAAAAAAAUUUAAAAAAAUUUUCAGUUGACACAAGUGAAAAUGAUGAUAAAGAUGACGAUGAUGAUGAGGACGAUGAUGAUGAUGAAGAUGAAGACGAUGACGAUGAGGACGAUGAUGAUGAUGAAGAUGAGGACGAUGAUGAUGAUGACGAUGAUGAUGAGGAAGAUGAUGACGAUGAUGAUGACGAUGAUGAAGAUGAUGACGACGAGGAAGAGGAUGAAGAUGAUGAGGAGGAUGAUGACGAUGAAGAGGAGGAGGAUGAUGAGGAGGAAGACGAUGAGGAUGAUGAUGAUGAAGAUUUUGAAGAUAUGGAUGAUGAAGACGAAGAUGAUGAUGAGGAUGAUGAUGAUGAUGAGGAUGAUGAUGAAGAUGAAGACGAUGAAGACGACGAAGAUGAUGAAGAAAUGGGUGGAGAUUCCAAAAAGGAGGGUGAAUCACAUACAAAAAAGGACAGUGACGAUGAAACAUUUGACUAA